GGUUUCGAAAUGCCUUUUCUCCCGACCACGUUGAGUUAUCGGCGUCGAGUCUAACUCAAAAAUCGUGAAAAUGGCCCCUCCGCGUAAAGGGAAACAAACCCAGGAAGCCCCAGUGCUCAACCUCGGUCCCCAGGUAACGCCAGGUCAAAAUGUCUUCGGCGUCGCUCACAUCUACGCCUCCUUCAACGAUACAUUCGUGCACGUCACCGAUCUUUCCGGACGGGAAACCAUCGCUCGUGUAACUGGCGGAAUGAAGGUAAAGGCUGAUCGAGAUGAAUCUUCCCCGUAUGCUGCUAUGUUGGCCGCUCAAGAUGUGGCCGAGAAGUGCAAGGCUGUCGGCAUCACUGCCCUCCACAUCAAGCUCCGCGCUACUGGAGGAACUCGCACGAAGACGCCCGGACCCGGAGCUCAAUCUGCUCUCCGUGCCUUGGCUCGAUCCGAUAUGAAGAUCGGUCGUAUCGAAGAUGUCACUCCCAUCCCAUCAGACGCUACGAGGAGGAAGGGUGGUCGUCGCGGUAGAAGGCUGUAAACUUCAUCAAGGCAAUGUUGGAUGUGCUCGGUGUUCGACUACGCCUUGUCGCUUGGAGCUACUGCUAAUAAACCGGUUUGGUUUA